GCAGAGCGGACCUCUCUGUCAUAUCACAGCUUCUUCUCUUGCAGAACAGACCAGUCCCACCUGUAGGAUUGAUAGCAGAUAUGAGGCUCUGUUCCUGGGCUGGAGCAUGGCAUCUCCUGCUCGUCCUGGUUCUUCUGUAUGUUUUCCAUGUGAAAGCGUCCGAGCAUGAACCAAGAGAGAGACACUAUUACAUUGCUGCUGUUGAAAUAGACUGGAAGUACUCUGGGAAUGACACAGACAGGUUUAGUCCCAUCUAUAAGAAAGUGGUCUUUCGAGAGUAUGAGAAAGACUUCAAACAGGCUAAGACUCAUCCCGCCUGGUUAGGACUACUUGGACCCACACUGAGGGCAGAGGAGGGGGAGACGAUUGUCGUCACUUUCAGAAACAUGGCGACUGAGCCGUAUAGCAUCCACCCACAUGGGGUUGCUUAUGGAAAACAGUCAGAAGGAGCCAACUACUUUGACAACACAUCACAGAAAGAGAAAGAGGAUGAUGUAGUGCAGCCUAACAGGGAGCACGUUUACUCCUGGGAGGUGACGUCAGAUGUUUCUCCACGGCCCAAUGAUCCUACCUGCCUCACCUACUCCUAUAUCUCCCACCAAAAUGUUGUCCGUGACUACAACUCUGGCCUUAUUGGUACUUUACUCGUCUGCAAGCCAGGCAGUCUGGAUGUGUCAGGAAAACAGAUCGGCGUCCACAAUGAAUAUGUUCUUCUCUUUGGAGUUUUUGAUGAGAAGGAGAGCAAGUACAGCCCAAAAAGCCAUUCCUCAGACGACCAUGUUAAAUAUACCAUCAACGGAUACACAAAGGGAUCACUGCCUGAUGUUAGUCUAUGUGCCUAUGCCCCUGUGAGCCUGCAGCUGCUGGGUAUGAGCUCAGAGCCUGAGGUAUUCUCAGUGCACAUAAACGGGCAGGUGCUGCAGCAGACUGGCCAUAAAGUAUCAUCUGUGGGCUUGAUCAGCGGCUCCUCUACCACUGCAAGCAUGGUGGCUCUCCACACAGGCCGCUGGCUGCUCUCCUCACACACCAUCAAACAUAUGGAAGCUGGCAUGCAUGGUUUUGUGGACGUGAAAGAGUGUGAUGGCUUCCAAGCACCCCGGCGAAGGCUGUCCAUUGCACAAAAACAACAAAGCACGGAGUGGACAUACCACAUCGCUGCAGAGGAAAUUGUCUGGGACUAUGCACCCAACAUGCCUGAACACAUUGAUGAGAACUUCAAGUCAAAGUACCUGAGGCAGUCAUCAACACGCAUAGGUGGGAAGUACAAGAAGGCAGUCUACACACUGUACAAAGAUGAGUCAUUCACUGAAAAGUUAGAGACCAAGCAGAGGAAAAAUGAGCUUGGAAUCUUGGGCCCAGUGAUCAGAGCGCAAAUCAGAGAUGUUAUCAAGAUUGUCUUUAAGAACAAGGCCUCCAGGCCCUACAGCAUCUAUCCACAUGGACUGAGCAUAGAGAAGUCAGAAGAGGGAGUCAACUACCCAGCAGGAGGCAACCAGUCUCAUGCUGUUCAGCCAGGUGAGACACACACUUAUGAAUGGAAAGUGCUUGAAGAGGACACGCCUUUGGAGAAAGACUCUCGAUGUCUGACACGAAUGUACCACAGUGCAGUGGACACACCACGUGACAUCGCCUCAGGACUGAUAGGACCAAUGCUAAUCUGCAAGAGUCAGUCCCUCAAUGUUAGGAAUGUACAGCUGAGAGCAGACAAAGAGCAGCAUGCCAUGUUUGCUGUGUUCGAUGAGAAUAAGAGCUGGUACCUGGAUGACAACAUUCGCCAAUACUGUGAUCGUUCCAAAGUGAACAAGGCAGACCCAGACUUUCAUAAAUCCAAUGUCAUGCACACGAUUAACGGUUAUGUGUUUGAGAGCGGCCCAAUCUUAGGCUUCUGCAAUGGUGAGGUUGCAACGUGGCAUGUGUCCAGCAUUGGAGCACAAGAGUACAUCCAGACAGCAACGUUCUAUGGCCACACAUUUGAGCUCAAUGAUCGGAAAGAGGACAUUCUCAGCCUCUAUCCUAUGACUGGAGAGACCAUCUCUAUGAACAUGGACAACUUUGGUGUCUGGCUUUUGGCUUCACUAAAUUCCCAUGAGACGACCAAAGGAGUGCGCAUAAUGUUUCAGGAUGUUGAGUGUUAUCGGGACCACGUGUACGAGUACACUGAAGAAGAAGGUCUAGAGUCGAACAUAGAAUUUAAUGAGUGGCGCCCUCAGAGCUUUGAUGAAUGGAAGAAGAAAGAAGCAACGCCGAAACCCCAAAAAAACAUAGUGGCGGAGGAAGGUGACUUGACAGCAAUGUAUGCACAGGAAUUAGGUCUCAGGUCUCUGGGGAAUCAGUCUGGUAUCUCAGAUGUAGAGAAGCUGGACCUUUCUUUCCUCAACAACUAUGAUGAUAUUGAUGUGCUCAAUGGAGAUUCGAAUAUCACUCUUUACUUCACAGAGAAAAAGAGUGAAAAUGAGACCUCGAUUCCAAAGGAAAAUGUAAUAAAUGCAACAUUAUUACAAAAUUGGAAAGAGCUGGAUAGACAAAACCUUACGGAAGUUAAUCUAAAGAAAGAAGCAACGCCAGAACCCCCAAAAAACAUAGUGGCGGACAAAGGUGACUUAACAGCAGUGUAUGCACAAGAAUUAGGUCUCAGGUCUCUGGGGAAUCAGUCUGGUAUCUCAGAUGUAGAGAAGCUGGACCUUUCUUUCCUCAACAACUAUGAUGAUAUUGAUGUGCUCAAUGGAGAUUCGAAUAUCACUCUUUACUUCACAGAGAAAAAGAGUGAAAAUGAGACCUCGAUUCCAAAGGAAAAUGUAAUAAAUGCAACAUUAUUACAAAAUUGGAAAGAGUUGGACAGACAAAACCUUACGGAAGUUAAUCUGCUAAACCAAAGUAUCAGUGAGAAUACAACACACAUGCAGAACAGAAGUAGACAAUCAAGUUCUAUGUAUAAAACAGAGAACACAACUGUUUUCCAUAGUCUAAAUAUGUCACUUAAUAAUAACAGUAUAACCACAAAUAGCAGUACUUCUGUCGUCUCAGAUCUUGAUAACGUUACAGUGACUGACACAAAGAACAUAAUAGUUCACAAUGCUUCAGCUUUGUUAGUGGCUCAAAAUGUAUCUGCAGAGAUUAUCAACGUUACGGUUGAUAAUCUUACUUCUAUCUUGGAGACUGAAAAAAUGACUGUAACGUUGACUGGUGAUAACCAGACUUCUGUGGACAUAAUCUUGGUGGAGGACUCUGAGGAGAGACUCACCAGAGGGGAUGUGUUCUCUCCACCCGAUUUGAGCACCAGCAAUCUAAACAGUACGCUAAAGAGCAAUGUCACCCUUCUGUCACGCAAUACUACAGAGGAAAAUAAGAAUAACACAGUGGCCAACCAUGUUAACAUGUCAGCAGAUGGAUUAAACCAUUUAUUGUCUAUUCCAUCAACUGAUGUUGUAGAGGGUGACAUCAGCAAAAUGGUUGGGCGCACCUUGACCUUUUUUGAGGUGGACGUGGAGAGCACAGGCAAGAAAACCAGUGACAAUAACUCUCUGAUCACAGCAACAGAGCCAGAGUACGGACUUCAAAUGAAUUCCUCUGAAAAUGUGACUCUUCCAGCUAAUUCCAGUCUUGAAAAUGUAACAUAUAUUUUGUUUGAAGCUGGGCCCUUCCAGAAUGUGACAAUGAAUAUAUCCAUAUCAAAUUCAUCAGACGGGAUUAGUUCAGAGAGUAGGGAGAAUAUCACAGCUCCUCUUGCCGAGUCGAACCACACAUUCUCAGUGGACAGUUUCUCCAAUGAGACUAUGGUUUCAGGUAACUUAUCUGUCUCUGGCAAUGCAGCAAGUAAGAGCUCUUCCGAGAUGCUAAGUGGCUCAGAGAGUAGUGAGGAAGUGCUUAUCUACAUUAAAGGAAACAAUACAAAUUUGAUUAAAACCACUGCUGUCAAAACACAAGGACACAACUGGACUUAUGAAGGAACUCACCAAAUGGUACCCAUGGAGAUUCCUGAUUACAUGAUGAAAUAUUUUGGAAAAGAGACCCCACUAACAACGCCAACUCCAAAAAAGAUCAGAAAGGUGAACCUCCGACAAAGACCUCAGAAGGGCCAUGGCAUGAAAACAAAGAGGAGGAAGGAAUACAAGCCUCAGGCCAGGAGUGGCUUACCAUCUCCUCGUGGAUUCAAUCCAUUCAUGACCCCACGUGGAGCACGACCCAAUAUACCACAACCUGUCUCUGAUGAGGAGGAUCUCAUUAACAUACCUGUGGUCAUCGGUGUGCCCCGGCCUGAUUUCAGUAACUACGAGCUAUAUAUUCCUGGGGAUGAACCAGAGCAUCUAGGGCUGGAUGAGCAAGAUGUGAAGGCAGAUGAAUAUGAGUAUGUGGUCUACAAAGACCCCUACAGCAGUCAUGAAGAUAUCAAGAACGCCUACCUGGACGAGACCACUAAAUAUUUCUUACAACAAACAAGCACAAGUGUCAAGAUGUAUUUCAUUGCUGCAGAGGAGGUUGAGUGGGACUAUGCUGGCUACGGACAGAAGAGGCAAGAAAAGUCGCAACUAAACAGCCGAGAGACAAAGUUCACAAAAGUGGUUUUCCGAAGUUACCUGGACAGUAGCUUCAACAGACCUGAAGUCCGUGGAGAGAUAGAUGAGCAUCUAGGCAUCCUGGGACCUGUCAUCAAGGCAGAAGUUGAUCAAACUAUCAUGGUGGUGUUCAAGAACAAUGCCAAACGUCCAUACUCCUUACAUCCAAACGGGGUUACCUAUUCCAAGCAGGCAGAGGGUCUUAAUUAUGAGGAUAGAUCUAAGUACUGGCAUAAAUAUGACAAUGAGGUUCAACCUGGUAGGAACUAUACAUAUAUAUGGAAGGUCAAUUCCAUGGUUGGGCCAACACAAGAGGAAUCUCACUGCCGUACAUGGGCCUACUAUUCAGGUGUUAAUCCUGAAAGGGACAUACACUCUGGCUUGAUUGGGCCUUUGCUGGUGUGUCGAAAGGGCACCCUGAACAGAGAGUUACCAGACAUGAGGCAGUUCAUGCUGCUUUUCAUGACCUUUGAUGAGUCGCAGAGCUGGUACUUCGACAAGAACUAUGAGAUGAUGCAGAGGAAAAACCGAAGGAGAGUGAUGGACCCCAAACUGAAGGAGAACCUAAAGUUCCAUUCCAUCAAUGGCAUUAUACACAACUUGAAGGGCUUGAGAAUGUACACUAACCAGCUCGUGUGCUGGCACCUGAUCAACAUGGGCUCUCCCAAAGACCUUCAGAGUGUUCACUUCCACGGACAGACGUUCCUCCACAAGAAGACCACCAGUUACAGACAGGCUGUCCACCCACUACUACCUGGGAGCUUUGCUACUCUGGAGAUGUAUCCAUCCAAACCUGGCCUAUGGCAGCUGGAGACAGAAGUUGGUUUCAACCAGCAGAAGGGCAUGCAGACCCUCUUCCUGGUUCUAGAUAAUGACUGCUACCGUCCACUGGGUCUACAAUCCGGCAGCGUAAAAGAUGAACAGAUCACAGCAAUCAACACUAGAGGAUACUGGGAGCCCUAUCUUGCCAGAUUAAACAAUCAGGGUAAAUACAAUGCAUGGAGCACAGAGCAGAACUCCAGCUGGAUUCAGGUGGACUUCCAGAGGCCAGUUGUGAUCAGCCAGGUGGCCACACAGGGAGCCAGGCAGCUGUUCCAAACCCAGUUUGUGGAAAAGUACACUAUCUCCUACAGCACCGAUCGUCGCAAGUGGACCUUCUAUAAGGGCGACAGCAAUGAUUUCAGGAAGGUAUUCAUUGGAAACAAGGAAGCCCAUGACAUAAAGAAAAACACCUUCUUUCCUCCUUUGAUUGGGCGCUUCAUUAGGCUCCACCCUAUCAGCUGGUACAACAAGGCUACAGUCCGCAUGGAAUUCUAUGGCUGUGAGCUUGAUGGCUGCUCAGUGCCUCUGGGGAUGGAGAGUGGACUGAUAGAAGACCAUCGCAUCACAGCCAGCUCCACAGCUUCCAGCUGGUACUCUGGGCCCUGGAGACCCUCCCUUGCACGCCUCAACAGACAAGGCACUGUCAAUGCAUGGCAGGCUAAGCAAAAUGACAUGAACCAGUGGCUUCAGGUGGAGCUGCAACGAGUCAAGAAAAUCACAGGUAUCAUAACACAAGGAGCCAAAUCUCUGGGAAAUAAGAUGUACGUUGUCUCCUACACUCUGCAGUACAGUAAUAAUGGGAGACACUGGAUACCGUACUCAGAUGAUGAGGAUGUCACUGCCAAGACUUUUUUUGGAAAUACUGACAACAACGACCACGUGAAAAACUACAUCUACCCUCCUAUUUUCACCCGCUUCAUCCGAAUCAUCCCGACAAGCUGGAUGAGCUCCAUCACCAUGAGAAUAGAGCUACUAGGCUGUGAAUUUGAGUGAUGCACACACAUUCAUACCAAAUGAUGAGAGGUCAGGUCAAGCAUUCACUUCUACAUCCAAAUAAACACACGCGCAAAGUGAAACACACAUGUAGUCCCUACACCCAGAUGUCCACAUACAGUCAUGGAGGAUGCACAUGCUUUCAGUGCAGGCCAACA